GACUCAGAGAUGGGUCAGCGUGCAGAAAGGUCCAGCACAGUCUUUGGGCGGGGUCUCUCUUCAAAACUCAACGCGAAUGUCUUCAUUUUUCCUGGGUGUGGUUUCAGACAGUUCCGUUAGCAGGAAAUUCAGCUAGAGACCUACUCAGAGCUGCGAGAGCAAGAUAACACUGAGCCACACAAACUUGAGAAAACUGCCGAAAAGAAAAAAAAAGAACAAGUUAAUCCAAAAGAGUUUUGUUUAAACGGUGUGAAAUAACUUCUCUUGGCAGUGUUCGUCUUGUGGCUGACCUUGCUGCUGGGGAAAGCUGAUGGGCAAAAGUUAGAAUUGCUGAAAAGUUUCGAGAGUACAGUUCAUUUUCUCAAAGCUCUGAGCAGACCGAGACAGGAAAAUGCCGAAAACCAUCAGCGUGCGAGUCACCACAAUGGAUGCAGAGCUGGAGUUUGCUAUCCAGCCCAACACGACUGGUAAACAGCUCUUUGAUCAGGUGGUGAAGACCAUCGGCCUAAGGGAGGUGUGGUUCUUCGGACUGCAGUACCAGGACACCAAGAGCUUCUCCACAUGGCUCAAGCUCAACAAGAAGGUGACUGCCCAGGAUGUGCGCAAGGAAAGCCCCCUGCUGUUCAAGUUCCGUGCGAAGUUCUACCCCGAGGACGUGUCCGAGGAGCUGAUCCAGGACAUCACGCAGCGCCUCUUCUUCCUGCAGGUCAAGGAGGGGCUCCUCAACGAUGACAUCUACUGCCCGCCCGAGACCGCCGUGCUGCUCGGCUCCUACGCCGUGCAAGCCAAGUACGGAGACUUCAACAAAGACCUGCACAAAACAGGCUACCUGAGCAACGACAAGCUGCUGCCACAGAGAGUGUUGGAGCAGCACAAGCUGAACAAGGAGCAGUGGGAGGAGCGGAUUCAGGUCUGGCACGAGGAACACAGAGGAAUUCUAAGAGAGGAUUCCAUGAUGGAGUACCUGAAGAUCGCCCAGGAUCUGGAGAUGUACGGAGUGAACUAUUUCAGCAUCAAGAACAAGAAAGGCUCUGAACUGUGGCUGGGAGUGGACGCCCUGGGACUCAAUAUAUACGAGCAUAAUGACAAGAUGAACCCUAAGAUUGGAUUCCCAUGGAGUGAAAUCAGAAAUAUUUCCUUUAACGAUAAGAAGUUUGUAAUCAAGCCGAUUGACAAGAAAGCUCCUGACUUUGUGUUUUACGCCCCUCGUCUGAGGAUCAACAAGCGCAUCCUGGCUCUGUGCAUGGGUAACCACGAGCUGUACAUGCGGCGGCGCAAGCCUGACACCAUCGAGGUGCAGCAGAUGAAGGCGCAGGCCCGCGAGGAGAAGCACCAGAAGCAGAUGGACAGGGCACUGCUGGAGAAUGAGAAGAAGAAGCGAGAGAUGGCUGAGAAGGACAAGGAGAAGAUUGAGAAGGAGAAGGCAGAGCUGAUGGAAAAGCUCGCCCUGAUUGAGGAGCAGACAAAGAAGGCCCAGCAAGAGCUGGAGGAGCAGACCCGACGGGCCAUCGAGCUGGAUCAGGAGAGGAAGCGGGCCAAGGAGGAGGCAGAGAGGCUGGAGAAGGAGCGCAGGAUGGCAGAGGAGGCCAAGGCCGCCCUGCUGCAUCAGUCUGAGAGCCAAAUGAAGAACCAGGAGCACCUGGCCACUGAACUGGCGGAAUUAACUUCGAAAAUCUCCCUCCUGGAGGACACCCAGAAGAAGAAGGAAACCGAAGCCAUGGAGUGGCAGCAGAAGGCAGCCUCGGUCCAGGAGGACCUGGAGAGGACCAAGGAGGAGCUGAGGAAGAAGGUGAUGGUGUGUCACGUUCAGGAGCCAGUCCACUCAGAGAAUGAGAACGACGAGAACGAGGAGAAUGGAGCCGAGGCCAGUGCAGAGCUCACGUCAGAGGGGACCAUCCAAGACCGCAGUGAGGAGGAGCGCAGGACCGAGGCCGAGAAGAACGAGCGCGUGCAGAAGCACCUCCUGGCUCUGACCUCCGAGCUCGCCAACGCCCGGGACGAGACCAAGAAAACGGCGAACGACAUGAUACACGCGGAGAACGUGCGGGCGGGGCGUGACAAGUACAAGACGCUGCGCCAGAUCCGGCAAGGCAACACCAAACAGCGUGUCGACGAGUUUGAGUCCAUGUGAUCUGCACCAGCCAGUCGCACCGCAGGAAAGUCCCAGCGGGCCUGUCGCCCUUCACUGCAAACCUGCUUUCACUGGACUCUGAAAAGAACAACACUGAUUGCAUUGCUAUCACUGUUUAACAGUAUGGAGGGGAUCUUGUGCCUUCAUAUUGCAGCCUGCAGCAUAGUUCCUUUAGUCCCGCUUGCAAUUUAAUUCCAGUUGUAGUCUGUACUGAUCAGUACAGGAGCUACAUCUUUAUCUACCAUGUCCAGUUUUAUUAUGCAAACUUCAUCCCUGUGCUGUAAUUUAACCUUGAUGAUACAAGCCACCAAUGGAAUAGAAUUAAAAUUAAAUAUUGAGAUAGGCAUCAUGUGGUAAAGUCAGUAUUAUGUGAGUGGAACUUUGCACUACCUCAGUGCUACACACACACACACGCACACACAUUAUAUAUAUAUAUGCAUGCGCAGGUCUGUUUUGCCAAUUGGCCACAUUGCCAAAGGAAACAGUGUCCAGUUGUGCAGCUACCGCAAGACUCGAAAUCCUUUUAUAUGUUGUGCCUUUAAAGCAAUACAAUGUGAAGUGCAGGUUUGCAGUGUGUAAAACGGCAGGUCCGCCAGUGUCAGUAAUUUCAGUAAAGGAUGAAAAAUGCUGAAAAAAAACUGUAUUUCUUAAAAUUAAGUUUUUUUUUUUUUUUUUUUUUUUAACUACAAUAUUGUGUUCUUGGAAAGGUACAUAAUUCCCACCUGUGAACGCAAUGAAAGGCAAAUACGUACUUUUGCAGUAUUAUUAAAAAAAAAAAAAAAAAAAAAAGUUCAGUAUUAGAAAUGUUUAUUCAAUAAAUUCAGUACAUAGCAUUGCAAAGCCACAAUUAGUGCUUUCUGCUUGGUUACACAUCUCAAUGAGUAUUCUAUUUUCAAUGUGUAUCUACUAUAAUGGCUCUCUUAUACCUGUGCACAGUUUCAUAGAUACAUAGGAGGUUUUUUAUAUAACAAAUCUGUAUAUUAAAAGCACCAGCUGUUUUAAAAAGGAUUUAAAAAAAAUGAAAAGUGCCGCUUGAUUAAGACUUGUAGAACAUUUUUUGUUUGUAUUAAAAAAACAGAUAAAAAGAACUAGCUUUUUGAUUUUUGUAAAAGAAGCGUCUAUUUACUAAUGUAACCGUCCCAUUGGCAUGUUAGUUUUACGUUUUUGUUCAUUUAAAUUAUGUGAAAGACAAAAAAAAAAAAAAAAAAAAGUUCCUAUCUAAAGAAUGUUAAUAUUGUUGUGUUGCUGUAUUUCUAAUGCCAAGCGGAGCUUGUUCUGCCGAUAGGUUUGCUGCUCAGAAAGCAUUCUCAAACUGUUAAUAAAAUUGAACAAAUAAAGACAA